CGGCCUAUCGCGCGAGGAUAUUGCGAUUGGCGACCAGGCCGGCUCGUGUUCCCUUCGAGGCUUUCUUACUAAUGUCACCUAAUGUCACCAUAUGGGCAUCUCUUACGGGGAUGACGGAGAUGGCCCCUCCCUCCGGACUCAGCCCCGGAGAAACCCGGUCUCAAAAGCACGAAAGCCCAGACCAGAAAGUCAUCUCCUGCCAUAAUCCUCAAGUAUCAGCGCAAUCUCUUCACAUCCUCUCACCAACCCGAAAAUAAUCUAGCAAACAUGGUCAAGGCAGUCUCUCUCGUCCGCGGCGACUCCCCCGCCACCGGCACCAUCACCUUCAUCCAGGAGUCCGAGUCGGCACACACCACCAUCGAGGUUGAUCUCAAGAACCUGACGCCCGGAAAGCACGGCUUCCACGUCCACGAAUUCGGUGACAACACCAACGGCUGCACCUCCGCCGGCGGUCACUUCAACCCCCUUGGCCAGACUCACGGCGCGCCCACCGACUCCAUUCGUCACGUCGGCGAUCUCGGUAACAUCGUGGCCGGACCCGAUGGAACCGUCAAGAUCAAGCUCGAGGACCCCCUCGUCAAGCUGUUUGGCCCUACCAGCGUCAUUGGCCGUACUAUCGUCGUGCACGCCGAUGAGGACGAUUUGGGCAGAACUAGCCAUGAGCAGAGCAAGAUCACUGGAAAUGCCGGAGGCCGUGUUGCCUGCGGUGUUAUCGGAAUUGCCAAGUAGAUUCGCUUUUUACGUUGAUCAACUGGUCGGCAUCUGUAGAUGCUGACACACCUCGAUAGUUUUCUCCAUCGCCAUGCCGCUUGUGUACAGAUAUCCACUCUAAUUCCAUAAUCAUGUAUCGCAGUUCUCAUCGAAGUUUCCUGAGCUUGAAUGAUGCGAGUUCAACCCUUGCUCUCUUUCCUACCAGUGAGUUUA